GUUAGCAUUUCGAGCCGGUAGCUUAGAAUAAGGGUAACGUGACAUUUGUCGGAAGCUUUUUGAAGCCGCAAUUUAAACAAUCAACCGCUCGCGGAAGGUGUAAGCGCGCGGGAAGCUUCUCCAGAGGAUUCGGUCGCGGAUCAGUGCCGCUUCGAAGACGGUUACGGGGACAUUCAAUUUACGAGGGCUUUUUUUAAGUUGAAUACAAUGUGAGCAGUGUGUGGCAGCUGUCUGGGUGUACAGGUGCGAGUCUCCCCUGAGAAUAAUUGCUGUGGAUAAUGGAGAGGCACUUGGAAGAUAGAGAUAGAGUGGGCGUUGCCGACGCUGUGCUGUUGGAAAACUACACCAGCGAACAAGCCUUCGUUGACAACUUGGAGAAGCGGUUUCGUGGAAACAUCAUCUACACCUACAUCGGCCCUGUACUGGUUUCGGUUAACCCAUACAAGGACAUUAACAUUUACGGACUCACCUACGUGGCGAUCUACGAGAACAAAAACUUCUUCGAAGUGCCCCCUCACGUAUUCGCCCUAACGGACACCGCGUACAGAUCCCUGAGGGAGGAAAAUCGCGAACAGUGCAUACUGAUAUCCGGCGAGUCGGGUUCCGGCAAAACCGAGGCGUCGAAGAAGGUCCUGCAUUACAUCGCCGCGGUGACCGAGCAUCGCGGCGUGGUCGAGCAGGUCAAAGACAAACUUCUCCACUGCAAUCCGCUGCUGGAAGCGUUCGGUAACGCGAAAACGAACCGAAACGACAACUCGAGCAGGUUCGGCAAGUACAUGGACGUGCAGUUCGAUUUUCGCGGCCUACCCGUCGGCGGCAAUAUAUUGAACUAUCUCCUAGAGAAAUCCCGAGUGAUUAACCAGGCGCCCGGCGAGCGUAACUUUCACAUUUUUUACCAGUUGCUAGCCGGAGCGAGCGAGGAGCUUUUGAGCAGCUUGCACUUGAAGCGCAACCUUGGCAGCUACUACUAUUUAAGUCAUGGGGAAAAGUCAAACGUGGACAAUUUGGACGACAAAAAAGCGUUUGAUGAUGUCGUACGAGCCUUGAGAACCUUAGAGUUUUCCGACGAGGAGCAAAAAGAAAUAUGGCAGAUUGUGGCCAGUGUACUUUACCUGGGUAACGUCGGGUUUACGGAACAGGACGGAGUAGCGCAACUGUCCAAGCGUGAAUCAGUAGAGCUAUCCAGCAAGUUACUUGGGGCGAAUGAAGAGCUGCUGACGAAUGCACUGACGCAUCGUACCAUUACGGCACACGGUGACGUUGUGGUGACGCCUUUAAAUCGCGAAUUGGCGAUUUACGCACGCGACGCCCUCGCCAAGGCGGUUUACGACAGGCUAUUCACGUGGCUGGUCGAGCGACUGAACAAAUCCCUCCAACCGGACGACCGGCGCAAACACAUCGCCAUGGGAAUUCUCGACAUUUACGGCUUUGAGAUAUUCGAAAAGAACAGCUUCGAACAGCUCUGCAUUAACUUCUGCAACGAAAAACUUCAACAACUCUUCAUCGAGUUAACGCUGAAGUCGGAGCAAGAAGAAUACCUCAAGGAAGGAAUCGAGUGGAGCAAGGUGGAUUACUUCGACAACCAGAUUAUAUGCGAUCUAAUCGAGGAAAAACACAAAGGCAUAAUUGCGCUAAUGGACGAGGAAUGCCUGCGACCGGGAGACACCACCGACGCCACGCUUCUGCAAAAAAUGAACGACAGCUUCAAAGCGCACAAGCACUACAUCAACCACCAAAAGGCGGACAGCAAGCUGCAGAAGCGCAUGGAUCGCGAGGACUUCCGGCUUAUCCACUACGCCGGCGACGUCACUUACAGUAUUAACGGAUUCCUGGAGAAAAAUAACGACUUACUCUUCCGCGAUCUCAAAGAUGCGAUGUCGAAGUCCACCAACAAUAUUAUCAACACAAUCUUCCCUAGUAAAGAGCAAGAGUCGCUGAAGCGGCCCGAAACUGCCAUAACCCAGUUCAAAACCUCCCUGAAUCAUCUCAUCGAGAUUUUAAUGGACAAGGAGCCCUCCUACAUUCGCUGCAUUAAACCCAACGACAUCAAACAAGCAGGCGCCUUCGACGAAACGUUGGUCAGCCACCAGGUGAAGUAUUUGGGCCUGAUGGAGAAUCUGCGCGUGCGCAGGGCGGGCUUUGCGUAUCGCCGAGUUUUCGAGAAGUUCCUCCAACGCUACAAGAGCUUGUGUAAGGAGACUUGGCCUAAUUGGCACGGUGCGCCCAGAGAGGGCGUGCAAGUUUUGGUGAACGCGCUAGGGUACUCCAAGGAUGAGUACCGACUUGGAAGGACGAAAAUCUUCAUUCGUUUUCCCAAGACGCUUUUCCGCACCGAAGACGCCUUCCAAGAGAAAAAGCACGAGCUGGUCACAAAGCUCCAGGCGCGCUACAAGGGGCUGUUGCAGAGGCGGCGAUAUUUGUAUCAGAGGGCCUGCAUUAUAAAAGUUCAAACUUGGGUGCGUCGACAUCAGGCGCAGGUGUUGGCGGAGAAACGUCGUCGCGCCGCUGUCGUCGUGUCAAGGCUCGUUAAAGGAUUUUUGACGCGCAACGGGCCCGAAACGGAGCUGAACAAGAAAUUUUUGCAAAUUGCCAAGGCCGAAUGGCUGAAGAGAUUGGCAAAGUCUCUACCUCAAAAUAUCCUGCUGCGGAAAUGGCCCCACUGCCCACACGCGUGCCAGGAGGCGUCGGGUUUGCUGGAGAAGUACUACGCCUCGCACAUGUCGCGGGUGUAUCGCUACAAGCUCACGCCCGAGCGGAAGGAACAAUUUGAAUUGAAGGUCUUGGCCGAAACGCUAUUGAAACACAAGAAGAAGAGUUACAAGGCAAGCGUUCCCCAUCUGUUCGUCAACAACCGAAUCCCGAAAGAGUCGCACGAGGUGCUUAAGGAAUACUUGGGACAGGCUCUAUCUUCAACUGGCGAGAAGGAGAAGUACACUACAACCGUAAUGAAGUACGACCGACACGGCUACAAGCCGAGAGAGCGAGUGGUGGUCGUCACCAACAAGGCCUUCUACCUGUACGAGGUCACCAAGACAGUGAAGCAGAAGCAUCGGUUCUCGAUCGACUCGAUCAACUUCAUCGUCACCAGCGAGAAGGACAGUGUGUGCAUGGUACGAAUACCCGAGGAGCUCAUCAACAAGAAUAAGGGCGACUUAAUCCUGGAAAUGCCGCAUCUUAUUGAAGCACUCACCAAAAUAAUCGACUUGACUAAGAACUCAAACCAACUGUCAAUUUUGGACUCGAGAACCAUCGAGCACAACAUGCAGCAGGGCAAACACGGAGUGAUUGAAAUUACCACCGGAAAUCCGCAAAGUAUUCAUAAAAGUAAAAGUGGAAAUUUGCUUAUUGUCGCUUCCCCUUGACGGUGGAGCGCGGGAUAGCUUACUGUGUACCUACCUAUGUAUUUAUUAAGUGCCAUUUAAUGUACAGUUUUACAUAUUUUCUAAGUGUAUUGGUGCCAAUACAGUUUAUCGAUAA